AUGAGUCGGUCGGGUUUCUUCCUCGGUGUCCUCAGCCUAGUGGCAUGUCUUGUCUCCGUCGUGCAGGCAUGUCCCCCGAGCUGCCACUGCCACGGCGGGGACCUGCAGCACGUCAUCUGCGACAACGCAGGGCUGAAGAAGAUCCCCAAGGUGCCCGAGCAAACGCGGCUUCUCAACCUGCAGAAGAACAACUUCCCCGUCCUGCCGACCAACGGCUUCCGUGACAUGAAGAAGCUGGUGUCCCUGCACCUCCAGAGCUCACGGAUCAAGGAGAUCUCAACCGGAGCCUUCCGGGGGCUCAAGAGCCUGGUCUACCUCUAUCUCACCGACAACCAGAUCAGUGUCAUAAAGCCAGGAGCCUUCGACGACCUCUCUGAUCUCACCUACCUGUACCUGGACAAGAACAAGAUCCCAGACCUACCCAAAGGGCUCUUCUCCCCUCUUGUCAACCUCUUCAUCCUGCACUUAGGCAGCAAUAAAAUCCGGGAGCUGAAACCAGGGGCCUUCAAUGGGGCUAAAGACCUGCGCUGGCUCUUUCUCUCUGACAACUCCCUCACCAACCUCCUGCCUGGGGCCCUGGAGGACAUAGAAAACCUCGCUGUUCUCCACCUGGACAAGAACCAGCUGAGCAGCUAUCCUGUGAAUGCAAUGAGUAAGCUGAGAGUGCUGGAGGAACUGAAGCUUUCUCAUAACCCAAUCGAGGUCAUCCCUGACAAUGCCUUCCAGUCCUUUGGGCGAUACCUGCAGACACUCAACCUGGACAACAUGAAACUGAAGAAGUUCACAGACAACGCGUUCUCUGGCGUGACCGUGCUGAAGGCCGCUCACCUGGAGAACAACCGGCUCACCCAGCUGCCCCGCAACUUCCCCUUCGACAAGCUGGAGACCCUGGCGCUGUCCCGCAACGCCUGGCACUGCAGCUGCCAGCUGGCCCCGCUGCGCAA